AGACGCACACCGUAGCAGCGCGCUCUCUCUCUCUCUCAGAGCAACAAAUACUCUGCAUAAUUUGCAGUUCCACUACAUUUUAUUAGGAUUUUAUUCCGUCAGCAAGAAAUGUAAACAAUAUACGCCGUGAACAACUUGCUUCCGUGGUGAGAAUGUAAAUUGAUGGUUUAUUAAGAAUCCAAAACAUCCAACUCUUCAACACAUCCAUUCACAUACUUAUUCUCUGAUUGACUGAGAUGAGAACUGCUGAGGAGUCUUCUGGCACGGUCCUGCACCGUCUAAUCCAGGAGCACCUCCGUUACGGGAACUCCACGUACACCAGUACCCUCCUGGCCAUCCAGCAGCAGGCCCUGCGUGGAGGCAGCAACAGCAGCGGAGGAGGCGGUACCGGAUCACCCCGCUCCUCUCUGGAGAGCCUGACCCAGGAAGAGUCCCAGUUCAUCCACAUGUCCACCAGACAGGACCCCCAGGGCCAGGAGUACCAGGGGGACUACAAACACUGUGACAGUGACUCCGCGUGUCACCUCUACCAGCUCCACAGACACGGAGAGGAGCUGCCCACCUAUGAGGAGGCCAAGGCCCACUCUCAGUACCUGGCCUCGGUAGGAGCCCAGCGGGGCCAGGGGCUUGAGGUGAUGGAUCACCAGGGAGAUGGCCAGUGGGACCUGAAAAGGAAGCACGCCCGGAGCCUCAGUGAGCGUCUCAUGCAACUCUCCCUGGAGAGAUCAAGGGGAGACAUUCAGCCUCUCAGCUCCUCUCACAGUUACCCUCAACUGUCUAAUGGCCACUCUGGGCCUGUUGAACACCAGGGGCCAGAGUUUCAGAGGGGACCUCCCCCAGACUACCCCUUCCUGGUCAGGCCUCCUGGAUACAUGCUCAGCCACUCACAGGAGACACACGGACACUACUACCAGGAACCACCUCCCUCAUUCCAAUCACAGCACAGAUAUGUACCUUCCCAGCCCGAGGCCGAGGUGGUUCGACACAGUGUCCACUAUGGUCCAGAGGUCUACAUGAGCCACAGCAACCCCAGUACUCACAACAACACUGGCCAAAUGGACCUGUUGAGGGAGAAUGAGAAACUAAGGAAAGAGUUGGAGGUGUACAGCGAGAAGGCCGCCAGACUUCAGAAGCUGGAAGUAGAGAUCCAGAGGAUAUCUGAGGCCUACGAGACCCUGAUGAAGGGCUCAGCCAAGAGAGAGACCCUGGAGAAAACCAUGAGGAGCAAACUGGAGUCAGAGAUCAAGAGACUGCACGACUUCAACAGAGACCUCAGAGAUCGUCUGGACAACGCUACCAAACAGCAGGAAGUUGAAUCGGCAGACAGGAAACAGCAGGUCUUCACCAAACUCCUGGAACAAAAUGAGGAACAGCAGCGGGAGGUGCAGCGUCUGCGUGGCUCCGCGGAGGAGUGGCUUCGGCGCCGGGAGGUUCUGGAACAGGCCCUGGGGUCGGCACAGGCCCGUAACCUGGCCCUGGAGGAGGAGCUUAGGAGGAAGAGGGCGUACGUAGAGAAGGUAAAGCGGCUGCAGAGCUCCCUGGGCCAGCUACAGGCAGCCUGUGAGAAGAGAGAGGCCCUGGAACUGAGGCUGAGGUCCAGACUGGAGCAGGAGCUGAAGAGCCUCCGAUCAGCACAGUCCCACAGCACGGCUAGCGGUCCUGGCUCCCUGCCCUCUGACCUGAGCUCCAUGGUGUCUGUACAGCAGCAGCAGCUGGCUGAGAGAGAAGAGAGGAUCCUGGCUCUGGAGGCUGACAUCACACACUGGGAACAGAAGUACCUGGAGGAGAGCACCAUGAGGCAGUUCGCUAUGGACGCAGCCGCCACCGCUGCAGCUCAGAGAGACAGCAGCGCCAUCAAACACUCGCCUCGUCACUCACCCAACAACAGCUUCAACGACCACCUGCCAUUCAGCCACAGACAUCGGGAGAUGGAGAACAGAGUCCGAGCGCUACACUCCCAGAUCCUGGAGAAGGAUGCAGUGAUCAGGGUGUUACAGCAACGGACUGGACGGGAGCAGAACAGGCUAGAACAGCAGGCCCUCCGUCCAGCCAGGUCCGUCCCCUCCAUCAACACCGAGCAGCAGGACCUCCAUCCAGCCAGGUCCGUCCCCUCCAUCAACACCGAGCAGCAGGCCCUCCGUCCAGCCAGGUCCGUCCCCUCCAUCAACACCGAGCAGCAGGACCUCCAUCCAGCCAGGUCCGUCCCCUCCAUCAACACCGAGCAGCAGGACCUCCGUCCAGCCAGGUCCGUCCCCUCCAUCAACACUGAUGGCCCAGUGGAGCAACCCAUCCAGGGGAAAGGGAAGAGCCUCUCUGAUGACCAGACGGCUGCUGCAGUGUCUCCUCUCUCCCUGCCCCCGCACCAACACCCCUGCACCCCGUUGGCCCUGCCCGCUCUGUUGCUCCUGUCCAAGCCCCAGAGCAGGGACUGCAGCACCCAGUGUGACCGUGAUGUCCUAGCCCAGGAGACGGAUCUUACAGUGGAUCCCACCAGCAUGCUAGCACCCUCUGAGACUUCCUCGACCACAACGCCUGCCUCCGAGCACUUCCUGGCACCAAUCAACACACACCAGGGCUCCAGAAGAUCAGACUCAGCAGCAGAAGUGGUGGAAAUCCUAAUUUAAGAAACGCCGAACUGUGGGAUCCGCCGUGGGAUGGAUGGUGACAACACGGUAGACGACCGAGAGAUCCUCAUGUCCUGUAUGUCCCUCCCAACGAGGAGAAGACAACCUGUCUGUCUGUCUCUGGUCAGACUGACCUCCAGAUGGACACUUCCUUUGAAGAAGGACAGACAGUUUGAAGACAUGGACAUGUUCUCCCUACCUAUGUACCUAGCUACCUACCUACCUAACUAUCUACCUACCUACCUACCUACCUACGUACCUAUCUACCUACCCACCUACGUACCUAUCUACCUACCUACCUACGUACCUAUCUACCUACCUACCUACCUACGUACCUACCUACCUAUCUACCUACGAGGGAAGAAUUCAGAACGUACCUACCUACCUACCUACCUACCUACGUACCUACCUACCUACCUACCUACCUACCUACGUAACUAUCUACCUACGUACCUACCUACGUGCCUACCUACGUACCUACCUACGUACCUACCUACGUAUAUACCUACCUACCUACCUACCUACCUACCUACUUACGUACCUACCUACCUAUCUACCUACCUACCUACCUACCUACCUACCUACCUACGUAACUAUCUACCUACCUACCUACCUACCUACCGACGUAACUAUCUACCUACGCAUCUACCUACCUACCUACCUACCUACCUACCUACCUACCUAUCUACCCACCUACGUACCUAGCUACCUACCUAACUAGCUACCUACCUACCUACCUACCUACCUACCUACCUACCUAACUAUCUACCUACCUAACUAUCUACCUACGUACCUACCUAACUUUCUACCUACCUACCUAACUACCUAUCUACCUACGUACCUACCUAACUUUCUACCUACCUACAUAACUACCUACCUAUCUACCUACGUAUCUACCUACGUACCUACCUACCUACCUACCUAUCUACCUACGUACCUACCUAACUAUCUACCUACCUAUCUACCUACGUACCUACCUAUCUACCUACGUACCUACCUAACUAUCUACCUACCUACGUACCUACCUACCUAACUAUCUACCUACCUACCUACCUACCGACGUAACUAUCUACCUACGCAUCUACCUACCUAACUAUCUACCUACCUAUCUACCUACCUACCUACCUACCUAU